GCUGAUUCCAAACCUUAACUGCUGGUAUGUAGGAAGCUUGCUGACAAAGUUGCAGCUGUGGGAUACUAUGUUGUGGUUCCUGAUUUUCUUUAUGGGGAUCCUUAUAAUCCUGAAACUAUGGAGAAGCCUUUAUCAAUCUGGCUACAAUCACAUGGAGUAGACAAAGGAUUUGAAGAUGCAAAGCAGGUUGUUGCAGCUUUAAAAGAUAAAGGCAUAUCUGCAAUUGGAGCUGCAGGGUUUUGUUGGGGUGCCAAGGUGGUUGUUCAACUAGCUAAGUCUGACGACAUUCAAGCAGCAGUGUUAUUGCACCCAUCAUUUGUCACUGUGGAUGAUAUUAAGGAGGUGAAGGCACCAAUAGCUAUUUUAGGAGCUGAGAUAGAUAAAAUGUCUCCUCCUGAGCUUAUUAAGCAGUUUGAGGAGAUUUUAUCAUCAAAACCUGAGGUA